AUGCUUCCAUCUGCAAAUGAGCUGAUAGCACAGUUUUUGAGAAGUCAUGGCUACACCGAGACGUUAAAGAGCUUCAUUGCAGAGGCUGGUCUCCCUGUUGAUGUAGGCGCCGCUUCAAAUGGGUCGGUUACGAUCGAGACAAUCCUCCAUGAGAAGACCACAUUUGAUCUCAGCCUCAAUUUUGAAAAACUCGGCAUGGACGACAAAGACCGCCGAUGGACCGUUCAAGCACCUUCAGAACCAACAGUAUUGGGCUCCCUGCCUAGCCGUUCGAACAUCCUCAGCAUUGCUGUGUUUGACUUGUUACUACCUUCCGCAGCAAGUCCUCGACAGUACGUUGCUGUCUCCACGGCCGAUCGCCGAUUACACCUUAUGAAACCUACGUCGUCGACUUUCGAGUUAGUGCACUCCUACUCCUGCUUCCAGGACUCGCCCAUCUUAGAUGUAGUUGCUAUAGGAUCACAGUAUCUGCUCGUUGCAUCGAUGUCCGGCAAACUCCACUUACAUGACACUGCGAGCGAUACAACCCUGGACGUGCGGAAGGAUCAUUCCAAAUACCUUGUGAAGCUUGCUAGCUGGUGUAACGGGAACGCCACAAUGAUAGCCAGCGCAGCGUGGGAUGCAAGAGUGCUGCUGUAUCAACUCGACAUCGAUGACGAUGCCCCUCAGCUUGGGGAGCCUAUCGCGGCACUUACACUCCCGAGCAUCCCAGAAACACUUUUGUUUAUCAGAUCGCCCGAGCACGGAACCCCAGUUCUGUUACUGACUCGGCGAGACUCCACGUUCUUAUACUAUUACGCGAUUCCUAGUCAUAAUUCUCCCGGGUUUACUCUUCUCGGCAAGCAAAAUCUCGCUCCGCAUUCUAAUGCGUGGGUUGCAUUCACACCAUCGGACGUACGGAUAUGUCCUACCGACCCAACUUUAGUCGCUGUGGCUACUUCGACAACGCCACAUAUGAAAUUGCUCGUAGUAAAGCUCUUGCUCCCACCCACUCAAUCCUCGGCACUCGAUACGGACGACGUGCAAGACAUUGAAACGGUUACACAAGCUUCGCAGGCACGCGCUGAGCUUUUGAUCCAGAACAGAGAAGAAGCAGCCAUCUUAGUAAAUGUCUCUACUCUUGCGCCACAGACGGCAUACUCCACACCCACACUAGUCUGGCGGCCUGAUGGCUCCGGCAUAUUUGUGAGCUCGGACGACGGGACGGUUCGCGGCAUAGAAGCGAAUAGUGGAAAGCUUGUUACAACUUUGUCAGCUCAUGAGCCUGGGUCAAAGUUGCGGUGUCUUUGGGCAGGUCACCUAAAAGGGAUGCAUGAUGACAAUCCAGACAGCGAUGUCGACAAUGAGUAUCUCAUUAGCGGCGGAUUCGAUCAAAGGCUGAUCCUUUGGAGUUCCUAA